AUGUUAGUGAGUUACAUCCAAGAUGUUUCAUCUCUACACUUCACAGCAUACAUGCCCAAGUCAGAAGAUGCAGGAGGCGCGGAGUUUGACGGCGCGUCGGCGCAGCAAUCGCCACCUUUUCACUUGGGCUGCGGUGAUCGGUCUUACAUAACGCUGCAGACGCCGGAGAAGUGGCGCUUGCCGCCCCAAGACGAUGACGUCCAGCCAGUGCAGCAGCCCCCGACGCGAUCGCCCGGGAGUCCCUCCUCCACUUCUACUCUGCCUUUUUCUCCGUUACCGUCCUCUAACGCCUCUCAGUCCCUCUCCGUGAGUAGCUCACUGUGGCCUCAGGUUUUGCUCGGUGACGAAGUUGAGCAGCACUGUCGCGCACCUCAUUUACCCGUUCCUCCGGUCUCCACCACUCUGCAUAUUUCCACUACCUCCUCAUCAACGUUCACAUCGCCAGUGCGGCCAUCUUCCCCUCCGUGUCAAGGACGCAGCCGACGUUCGCUUGCCAUGUUUUUCACUAGUACUGGUGCUGCGUUAUCCUUGCCACCAAAGAAAAAAGACAUCUAUAGGCCAUAUUCUUUGGAAGAUCGACCUAUCUGUCAAUUCGAUGAACUUGGAACACCUGCUGACGAUAUUUUAAAUGCAGCUCGCGCUAUUUUGGAUUUAAGCGCGUCUACUAUUUCGAUGAGUCAUCCGCGAACAGUGGAGCCGCACCCCGUGCCACCCUCGCCGCCUUCCUUGCCUCUGCAACCGCAACAUGCCACGCAUGACGAUUCUGUGAGCGAUAUCGACGCUGCACCCGUCCCCGCAAAGGAAGAGAAGCAUGCUUCUUCCACUCCAGCCCUUUGCUCCCUUUCAGGAACCUCGGGUAAGACUGUGGCGUAUACCUACGAGGCAUUCUUCGUGAGUGACGGCCGUUCGAAGAGAAAGACGGUGGGAGCGGUUCCGUCCGACUCGAGGCAAGGCAACGCACGGCCCCGGUUCGUGUGCUCCGAGUGCGGCAAGCAGUACGCCACGUCGUCCAACCUGUCGCGCCACAAGCAGACGCACCGCUCCCUGGAUUCGCAGUCGGCCAAGAAGUGCGUCACGUGCGGCAAGGCGUACGUGAGCAUGCCGGCUCUGGCGAUGCACUUGCUCACGCAUAAGCUGUCGCAUGCGUGCGGGGUGUGCGGGAAGCUGUUCUCGCGGCCGUGGUUGCUGCAGGGCCACCUGCGCUCGCAUACCGGCGAGAAGCCGUUCGGGUGUGCACACUGCGGUAAGGCGUUUGCUGACCGCUCCAACCUCCGCGCGCACAUGCAGACCCAUUCGGCUGAUAAGAACUUCGCCUGCCCGCGCUGCCGCAAGUCCUUCGCUCUCAAGUCCUAUCUCAACAAGCACCUCGAGUCCGCUUGCUUUAAGGACGGCGAGGAGCAGUCGAUAACUGCGCUCGAACACUCGGAAUCUUCCUGCAACGAGGUUGAAGUGGAGGGUAGACGAUACUCCUCCGAUAAUUAA